UGAAGCGAGGAUACAGUGAGGUCCUACACUCCGUCAUAGUCGGAGAGUAACACUAAUACUUAACAGCGACCCUCCUCAAAACAAAGCUCUCUCUCUCUCCUUCUUCAAUGACGACUUCUGUGAAGAACAAUUUCUUGCCACCCAGCUUGAUCUCGAGUCUUCAACAAGUUCUAGCCACCAGAAACGACGGACCAUCCCACCGAUCCCACAACGCCCCCGCCGAUUCCACUAAACCUCCCUCUUCUUCUUCGGUUUCCGCCGACGGUGAUAUUGUUAAGCCGGUGGUUUUGGUUACCAAUGCCGAGGGAAUAGAUUCUUCCGGUCUUCAAUUUCUCGUCGAAGCUCUGGUUCUCGAUUCUCGCUUACAAGUUUGCGUUUGUGCUCCUCGAUUAGAUGGAUCGGCUUCCGGUCACUCUGUGACAGUUCGUGAAACGGUUUCGGUUUCUUCAGCUGAAAUAAGUGGCGCCGUUGCUUUUGAAGUUUCCGGGACACCUGUUGAUUGCGUCUCUUUAGCAUUGUCGGGAGCAUUGUUCUCUUGGUCUAAGCCUGCUCUGGUCAUUAGUGGCAUAAACAGGGGAUCCAGUUCCGGUCAAAACAUGUUAUACUCAGGCGCAGCGGCUGCAGCUAGAGAAGCUCUGAUUUGUGGAGUACCAUCGAUGUGCAUAGCACUAAAUUGGAAGAAGGAUGUAAGCUGUGAGAGUAAUAUAAAAGAAGCAGUUGGUGUUUGUUUACCAUUGAUACAUGCAGCUGUAAAAGGUGUUCAGAACGGGGUUUUCCCCCAAAGCUGCCUACUAAAUGUCGAGAUUCCUAGUUGCCCAUUAGCAAACAAGGGUUUCAAAUUAACGAGGCAGAGUCUGUGGAAGUCCUCUCUGAGUUGGCAAGCUGUCUCAGCAAUCAAACAUCCUUCUACUAGCCAUUUUAUGUCUAAUCAGCAAAGCCUUGGUAUUCAGUUAGCACAGUUGAGCCGUGAUGCUUCUGCAGCUGGCGCAGCUAGACGCUUGAACUUGCAUCGAAAGAAUGUAGAGGUUGAAUCCGUUGGGGUUGCUGGAAAGCCAAGCUCCCAACAAAAUGUCAAAAAAUAUUUUCGUUUAGAGUUUGUGGAUAAGCAUCCAGACAAUGUUGAUGACGAGGAUCUGGAUAUUAAAGCACUUGAGAAUGGAUUUGUUUCAAUUACUCCUAUAUCAAUAUCUCCAACUCUUCAAUCCAAAAAUCAAGCAUCAGUAUCAAACUGGUUUGAGGGUGCACUUACUAGAGAUCAUUAAGCUUAUGUCACUCGUUAAACAAACGCUAACCAGUGUACACUACACUAUGCCUUUUCAUUUGGUUCUACUGGUUCUGGUUCCGGUUUCUUUUGUUUGUAACUUGAACAUGAGCGUUUUUGUACGCUGUCGUGGCUUGUAAAAUGUCUGACAACCCCACCCUCCUCUUGUUAUUAAUGUGGAGAAAUUGUGUUCUUACAACAUUGUUGAAAUUGCUAUCUCUGUCUGUCUUUUCUUUUA